AAGUCGGGUUCUGAUAGCAAACAGUAUUAAGAAGAAAGCAGUUUCCUUUUGCCUGAAUCUGUUGGAAAGAGCAAGAUUUCAUCUCAUCCUCUCCUUUCUACGCUGCUAAGUUCAUUGAGUGCUUUUGCACUUUGAACUCAGUUUGCUGCAUUUGAAGUAAGCUAAGGACAAAGAGGGAAAGUUGGGGAAGAAAAAAACUGGGAUGUUUUUAAAGCAAUAGGGAAAAAACAGGGAGGCAGAGGAUUCCUCAUCAUUCCACAUUGAAACACAUGUUCUUCAUAGAAAAGAGGGGAAAGAGUUGGCUCUGCCUUGAGCAUUGAGUGAGCAUGGCAGUGAGGAAGGGGCUGAACAUUCCCCACUUCCCAGAUGUAACUUGCAGAGGGCUUUGUGGCUUUUUCUUGGCAGAUGAGGGAGGUGUAUGGCCCAGUGUUUACGGUGUACCUGGGGCUGCGUCCGGUUGUCAUCUUGUGUGGCUACACAGCAGUGAAGGAGGCCUUGGUGGACCAGGCGGAGGAGUUCGGUGGACGCGGGCAGCUGCCAGCCUUCUCCAAGGACUUCCAUGAGCAUGGGGUUGUAUUUUCCAAUGGAGAGCGAUGGAGGCAGCUCCGCCGGUUCACUCUCAGCACCUUAAGGAACUUUGGGAUGGGGAAACGAUCCAUUGAAGAGCGAAUCCAGGAGGAGGCCCAGUGCUUGGUGCAGGAACUCCACAAAACUCAUGGUAAGCAUAGGCUCAAGUUUCCCCUCUCCCUCAAGCAAUCUGGUAAAUAUUUCUUGGUAGCUCCCAUGCUGGUUGAUCCACCUGAAGGCUUUUAAUAUAGGUUUUGA